GCACAGCCUUCCAGAUGACGGACUGCCAGUUCUGGAAGAUUGGCUCACGGUCUUUGAAGGGAUGCUGUUUUCAGGGGUGGAGUUGUCCAGAGAGCCGAUCGAUGUGACAGCAAGGGUCUUAAAGAUGGAUUGCGCAUGCGUUCAGUGCAUCGCAUUUGGCCUGUUGCUUGCAAGAGACAAUGACAUCACGCCUGAAAGCGAGAAGGUUCUGGAGCCUUUUGCGAACCUCUUGGACAAGGGGUGGCUACUGCCAGUCCAUGUCAGGAUGAACAUGGAUGCUGUUGCAUCCAGCUAUACCAACAUGAUGCUGAGCUUUCGCGGCGGCGAGCGCCAGCCGCCGAAUGUCCUUCAAAUGUCAUUACGGUUCUCCGCCAUCAUGGAAACUCGGUCCAUGCAGGGCCUACAUUCGAAGGAUUGGUCGGCGGAAGACCGCCUUCGUAAGGUGGUCCAGGAGUUCCACUCUACGAAUGGGAUGCUGCAGAAAUGGUUCCUGGACGAAGAUAAGGUCCAGAGCAUCCUGAACAUGAUUACAGCAACAUCGGCGGGAUCCAGGGAACUCAUUGCCAACCAUCUUCACAAAUUCAAGUGGAGCCAAUCCGCCCUCACAUCGGAGCUUUUGAGAAAGCCGAGAUGGCUUCUGAAAGCUGUGCCGCGUGGAUGCCAGCCUCACUUGAAAGUCUUGCUCACAGUCACGGAGACUUCGCAGGAGAUGUUCCUGGCCUUGGUCUUUCACCAGUUCCACCUCAAGACGCGAAAAGUCCGACCGAACCAGAGGCCGCGGUGCAGGCUGAGUGCGCAAGACUGGGACGCAUACAUCAAUUUCGCCUGCAUCUACGCACAUGUCUUGAAAGAAGCUUCUCUCUUGGCAGACGCUCCGGAUUUGGAAACCAUCAAGAAGGCAUUUCUGGACCUGGACUACUUCGAAGAGAUUGAAGCCAUCAUCAAGGCAGAGCCGGCCGGAUGGACUGUGAAAAACCUUUGCUUGUGGACUGAGAUGGUGCAAAGGGAGACGCCGGCGACAGCAAUGGGAGUUGCUGUUGAUGAGAAGACUGUGGAGGAGAAAGAAGAGGAAUUGGAAAAUGCAGCCUUUGCAUCACUUAAGGCAAAAAUUGCGAAGGAUGAAUGCGCAUGGACGGCUUUCAACGCAGCGAAGACCAAGCGAGCCAGCCUGGCGCAUGUUGUUGAAGUUCAGCAUGCAAAGGAGCAAAAUGCUAAGGGGCUGGA